AUGAAGCACCUUGCCGCUUACCUCCUCAUUGCCCUGGCUGGCAACGCCACCCCCUCCGCUGAGGACAUCAAGAGCGUUCUCUCUUCCGUCGGCAUUGACGCCGAUGAGGAGCGCCUCCAGAAGCUCAUCUCCGAGCUCGAGGGCAAGGACCUCCAGCAGCUGAUCUCUGAGGGUGCCGAGAAGCUCGCUACCGUUCCCUCCGGUGGUGCUGGUGCCGCUGCCCCUGCUGGUGCCGCUGCCGCUGCCGGUGGUGACGCCCCUGCCGCUGAGGAGAAGGAGGAAGAGAAGGAGGAGUCCGAUGACGACAUGGGAUUCGGUCUCUUCGACUAA